UGAUGCGGGAAAAACCUCACGAUCAGAAAGAGAGAGAGAGAGGGAGAGAGGCAUCCUCAUGUUCUCCAUAUGUCUCUCGCCCUCCUCCUCCUCCUCCUCCUCCUCCUCCUCCAUCCUGUUACCACCUCCCUUCUUCAGGGCUGGAGGAUGAGUAAUCCAGGGUGGGAGGGAGGAUACCAACAUCAUCACCACCACCAUCAUCAUCAGCCGUGAACGUGCAGAAGAAGAAGGAUGAAAAUUUAAAAGCUCUGUGUGGACGGACCUGGAUAAUUCCUGGACUGGCUGAGGGAGUAUUUAUUUAAGUGGAACAGGCUAAACCCUGGAGCCGGAGGGAGAGGGGGAGGAUCAUUCCCAACGUGGAGCGGACCUGGCUAAUAUCUGAGGAGAGCUGGACCAGAAGGAUUCACAGCACGGUACCAGACUAGUUCAUGGGCAGUGAGGCUGUGUGACUCAUCCACCGGGUUGUGGAAGGAGGAGACUACUUCCUGAACAUCAGGUCUUUUUUCUUCUCUCCUGAGACUGGGACCUGGAUAAUACCUGGAGUGACUGAUCCAUACAUACAUAUACAUAUAUCUAUACAUAUAUCGCUGGGUGGACUCCUCCUGGGACCUGGUUAAUCUCUGGAUCAGUGGCAUGUUCUGCUUCUGCCUGCAGAGUUCCCUGCUGAAGCUCCAGGCUCUGGAGGUAGAGGGAGGGGGCUCGUUGGGACCGUCCCCCGAGGAGAGCCCCCCUCCUCUGGGCACCAAGGAGCAGAAGAGCCCCUGUGGGCCGGCCGAGCUCGGAGGGAAGGAGGGGAAGACGUUGGCUUUGUGCCACAGCACCCCUGCCGACGAGAACAGCCCCCCAGAGCUGCUGACCGUCCUCACCAGACCUCCACAGUCCCCCAGACACCAGCCGUUGACCCCCAUCCACCCGGUCCAGCAGCCCACCACCACCACCACCGCCCCCGACGGGGGGCUGCCCCCCAGCCCUCACCACUCCCCCUACUCCCCGCCGAGGAGCAGCCCUGGAGGUGAGGGGGGAGGAGGAGAUGGAUCGGAAGGAGGAGGAGGAGGAGGAGGAGGAGGAGGAGGUGCUCUCCUCCAGCUGUUGGCGGGAGGUCCCAGCCCCCUCCCCUCCCCUCGAUGCUCCAGCCACAGCCUGAGGUUCAACUCCGACCCCGAUACUGCUCCAUCGCCACCAUGCAGCCAGCAGUACAUACUGUGUCGGGGACGUGGGGACAGGACGGAGGGACCAGAGGCCGAGUGUCCGUCCUCCAUCCCGUUUCUCACCAGACACAUCCAGACCCUGAAGAAGAAGGUUCGCAGGUUCGAGGACCAGUUUGAGCAGGAGACCAACUACAAGCCGUCCCACAACGACAAGUACUCCAACCCAGAGAUGGUCCGAGUGAUGAACGAACUGGCCAAGGCUCGGAAACAGCUCAAAGAGCUGAGACUGAGGCAGUCGGUGUUUGAGUCCAAGGAGUCAGAAAACUCAGACGGGUGCAGGUACGGCUCUGGCCAGCUGGGGGCGUCGGAGCACAGUCCUUCUCUGGAGGAGACGGUGGAUUCUCUGUUCAGACGUCUGAAGGAGAAGAGACGAGCUUUGGGUCUCCCUGACAACAUGAAGGAAAUGACUCAGGCUCAGAUGGUCCUGGAGAAGAUCACGCUGCAGAAAUGUCUCCUCUACUUCGAGAGUCUCCACGGCCGACCGGGAACGAAGCAGGAGAAGAACCUGGUGAAGCCGCUCUAUGAGCGAUACCAGAUGAUUAAACGUCUACUGUGUGCCAGCCCCACAAUCAGCACCAUAGAGGAAGAGGACGGCUCCGAUGAAGAGUCCACGCCGGUGGACGUCCUCCCCGUCCCUCCCCCCCACAGAGUGACUCGGCCGGGGGCCGGGGAGGAGGACAGCGACCGGGACAGUGACACGGCCUUUGUGUCCCCGAUAGACGAGGUGAAAGCCGUCCGUCAACAAGCCGCCAUCACCACGGCCAACCUCCACGAAGCCUCCAGGGCUCAGCUGCUGGUGUGUCUGCGGGAAACGAGAGCAGAGAAGAAGACGAGGCGUAAGGCGCUGAGGGAGUUUGAGGACGAGUUUUACCGUCAGACUGGAAGAAUCUGUCAGAAGGAGGAUCGCACUCCGAUGAAGGAGGAAUACCAGGAGUACAAGCAGCUCAAAGCAAAGCUCCGUUUACUGGAAGUCCUCCUCAGCAAACAGGACGUCACAAAAACCAUGUGAGGAAACCUCUCAGUCCUGACGCGUCCUCAGAGACUUCCUCUACAGUUUUCUCUUCUUCUUCUUCUUCUUCUUCUGCUGUAAACCCAGCAAACUGUAAAUCUUCAUCCAGCCAGAGCCCCGACUUAUCUCUGCUGGUCUAAAAUGAAACCUACCAGCUCCUCUGUCGUUUUGUACAUCUGUAUUUAUUCCAUGUCUGUUUUCUAUGAACCAAAUGAGUCUGAGUCCGACUGAAAGCACUUUAAAAUGUUGGGGAGCUGCUUCCGUUAAAAGAAAAACCACAAAGAAUCUCAAGAGUCAAUGUUCUGUCAUCUCAAAAAACCUCAUGAAGCAAUAAGAGGUAAAUAAACUGAAGUUAGCUAGCGUAGCAUAGCCACCACAUUAUGAGGAGUUUCAGCCCAAAAAAAGACCAAAACUGCUCCAGUUCAAAGUCUACAGUGUUUCAGUGGUGGAGACGUUUCUCUGGAGCCAGCUUUAUGAAAUUCUUUUUGCUUAGAUUUUUUGAAGACAGCAAAAAAAAAAAAAAAAAAAUCUAAACAAGAAACAGACGUUUUAGUCUUUUAAGAUGAGUUUAAGGAGGUGAACACUGUUCAGGUGAAGGAGCUGACGACGUUCAGUCUUGAAUGUGAGUGCAGAGAGAUGCAUCUGUAUUUAUAUCGGAGCACUUUAAGUUAGAAAGAAAAGGAGUUUUUAUGUUUUAUCCAAAGUGUUAAUAUGCAACAUGUUCUGUACUCGGAGGUAAAAGCUUCAGGGUCCGGUUCCUAAAUGUUCUCAGAGCAAAGAGUUUCUCCUAGAGGCCAAACUGUAAGAACAUUAAACUAGAACCCUGAUGUUUUCUCAGUUGUUCCUAGAUGGAGGUAAAGAUGAAAGGUUCCUAAAGAAGGUUCUGCAGUGAGAUGUGCUGAGAGCAGGGAGGAGAACUUUAAGAGGCUUAGAGAGGAGAACAUGGUGGAAAGAAGAGGAGGAGAGAUAUUCUCCAAACACUGAAUGAUUGGAUCGAGCAGGAAUCCAACCCCUGAGACAUUUUACCUGGUUAAUACCACAUGGAUGAAGAGCAACAAUGGUUUUAAAGUAGAUCUGCUAUUUAUUUAACAGAGACUGAAGGAAGGAAGGAAGGAAGGAAGGAAGGAAGGAAACAGACUUAAAGAAGUAAGGAAGGAAACAGAUUUUAAGGAAGGAUGGACGGGGUAAUUAUUUCUAAAGCUUCAGUCUUCAUAGAGAUCAGAUUCUAGGAUUCAGUCUAUGAGAUGUGACUCCAUUCUAUGACAUCAGCACCAGAAGCUUUUAGGAUCAAUGAAAUGAUGCCUCAUACGUAGCAACUGGCUCAACCACACCUCACUGACAUCACUCCUUCAUCAAAUGUCCUGGAGUCACUCCUCUGACCAGACUCCUCCAGCCUCAGCUAGGAGCUACACCAGAGGACCUGGAGGAGGACCUGGAGGAGGAUCUGGAGGAGGACCUGGAGGAGGACCUGGAGGAGGACCUGGAGGAAUACUGGCCCAGAUGUUUGCAUCAGAACAUCUGCUGUAGAUAAAUGUUUGCAUCAUGGAUAAAGAUAAAGUCAUGAUAAAGUCACCUGAGCCCCUGGAGAUGAAUAAUCUGGACCAGACUGUGAAGAAACAUGUGUGUUUAAUGACCAUGAACAGAAUCCAGCCUCUAUACAAUAAUCUAUACGCUGUCCUCUAGGAACCAGAUCCGUGUUCCUUAUCAAACAUUGUCGGUGUGUCGUCAUGAACCGAAGCUCAACAUCCUGCUGAGGUUUAAACCUGUUGAAUGCUGAGUGCACGUCAAUGUUCACACCUUAUCCUGACUCUGCUGUGAUGAUAAUUAAUGUCCUCGUGUUGUGUAAUUCUGUCAGACAGAUUUCUAUACAGACCACUUUCAAAUAAAUAUUUUUGCUAUUUACA